CAAAAGAUGAAGAUAAGCUGGUCUGCGUAUGACACAUUUGAGGCUAAUUUCAAACCUUUGGUGGUCAUCGAGCUUGCAGAAAACACCAAAGAUGAAACCAAAGAAUGGCUGACACAAAAGAUUGUGGAGAAGAAGAAAAAUGGAGGAGCGCAACUUCUGAUUAAACCUUUGGUGGAAGAUGGGAACCAGAACAUAUAUCUUGUUGGAGCAUCUCACUUGAGGCUGCUUCUGGGAGCUGAAACAGUGGGACUAGUGAAAGAAUGUAAUGAUAAUACAAUGAGAGCCUUUACAUAUAGCAGUAGAAAAACCUUCAAAAAUUUUGCAGAAGACAAUCAUGAUUUCCUUACAAUGGCAGAGUGUCAGUACAUCAUCAAACACGAACUUGAAAACCUGAGAGCCAAAGAUGAAAAGAUGAUCCCUGGUUACCCGCAGGCAAAGCUUUAUCCAGGAAAAUCAGUUGUGAGAAGGCUUCUAACCAAUGGUAUCUUAGUUCAUAUUUUUCCACUUCAUGAACCAGAAGAAUUAAAGAAACUUGGGCACACAUGGUAUGGCCAGCUGAGAAUUAGGUACCAGCCUUUAGAUGAAAUUCGCUUCUACUUUGGUGAAACAAUAGCUUUCUACUUUGCCUUUUUGGAGUAUUUCACAUUUGCUUUGAUUCCAAUGGCUGUCAUUGGGAUUCCUUAUUAUUUCUUUGCAUGGGAAGAUUAUGACAAGUACGUGAUGUUUGCAACCUUCAAUCUGCUUUGGUCUACGGUUAUCCUGGAAGUUUGGAAGCGUUGCUGCGCUGUGAUGGCUUACAGGUGGGGGACACUGUUGAUGAAGCGACAGUUUGAAGAACCCAGGCCAGGGUUUCAUGGUGUUUUGGGCAUCAACCCUGUGACCGGGAGAGAGGAGCCACUGUACUCUAGCUUCAAAAGACAGUUACGAAUAUAUUUAGUCUCCUUACCGUUUGUGUGCCUUUGCCUCUACGUCGCACUUUACGUCAUGAUGAUUUACUUUGACUUGGAAGAACAAGCAUAUUUAUAUCAUGAAGAGAAACAAUCCGAAAUAAGCAGCUUGCUGUUAUAUGUGCCUAGCAUAAUUUAUGCCAUUGUGAUUGAAGUUCUAAAUCGCCUCUAUCAAUAUGCUGCAGAGUUCUUAACCUCAUGGGAAAACCAUAGAUUGGAAUCUUCAUAUCAGAAUCACCUAAUUCUGAAAGUCUUGGUGUUCAACUUUUUUAACUGUUUUGCCUCUUUAUUCUACAUCGCUUUUGUCAUGUUUGAUAUGAAACUUUUGAGACAGAGCUUGGCAACUUUGCUGAUAACUUCACAAAUCCUUAACCAAUGUGUAGAAUCCAUACUCCCUUACUGUCUCCAAAAGAGACGGAAUAAGAGGGUUAAAAAAAGGGUGAAGUCAUUAGAAAUAGAUACCGACUUGUCUGUAUUUGAGCAAGUUAAUCUGGAAAAAGAAAUGGAUACCUACUUGGGUACUUUUGAUGACUAUUUGGAGCUGUUCUUACAGUUUGGCUACGUGAGUCUCUUUUCAUGCGUCUACCCUUUAGCAGCCGUUUUUGCAGUGUUAAACAACGUCACAGAGAUGUAUUCCGAUGCCUUGAAAAUGUGCAGCAUCUUCAAACGACCAUUUUCAGAGCCCACAGCAAAUAUUGGUGUAUGGCAGCUUGCUUUUGAAACAAUGACUGUUAUAUCGGUAAUUACCAAUUGUGUCCUGAUUGGCUUGUCGCCCCAAGUAAAUGCACUUUUUCCAGACUCAAAAACUGAACUUAUCCUGAUUGUGGUGUUGGCAGAGCAUUUAAUGCUGGCAAUAAAGUUUCUCAUGGCAUUUGCGAUCCCUGAUAAGCCACAAGAUAUUCGGAUAAAAUUGGGAAGGCUAGAAUUUGAAUCGCUGGAGGCACUCAAACAGCAGCAAAUGAAGCUCGCAACAGAGUCCCUGAAAUAAGAAACACGCUGAGAUGAUAUCCUAAGCAUCUGCUGAAGAAUAGUAAGAUUUUACAAGUAUUAAUGUCAAGAAAUGCCUGGUUACUACAUUUCAACACUCCAUC